UAAUAAUUAGAUCCAGCGUCACUUUCACACCCUACCAAUAACUGCAAGACUUGGCCGGGGACUCGUCUUCAGAGACCUUCUUCCUUAAACACAGAUUGCUACGAGUACGGAAAAUCAACGAAGCUUCCAGGACUGUGAUUUCUCUGUUUAUAUAUAGGUUUAGGAUUUGCUGUAAUCAAAGUUUUGAGAUUUCUGGGUUUUUGGUAGGUGUAAAUUUUCGCGUUGAUUUCGUGAGCUGCAUUGUGAGGAGGGUUUUUUGUUUUAGAUAUGGGUGGCAGGAGUUCAAAAGAGGAUGGGAGUUUGAGGCAGAAUAGUUAUGGGUCUAGGUCGUCGUCUUCUUCUUGGAGUGGAUAUCCUCCAGUUCAAUCACCAUAUGUAGAGAGUCAGGGGUAUGCACCUCAGCAGUCCUAUCCUCCAUCACAGUAUUCAUAUCCGCCGCCGCGGCAGGAUGAUGGUCAAGAAACUCAGGCUUAUCAUCCACCCCAGCAGCCAUCCUAUCCAUCAUCAUCAUCACAGUAUUCCAAUCCCCCGCAGCAGCCGCCGGAUUAUGGGGGGCAAAGGAAGCUGGACAGGAGAUAUUCGAGAAUUGCUGACAGUUACAAUUCCCUCGAGGAGGUGACUGAGGCUCUUGCACGUGCUGGACUUGAGUCUUCGAAUCUAAUAGUCGGAAUUGAUUUCACAAAGAGCAAUGAGUGGACAGGCAAGAGCUCGUAUAACAGAAGAAGCUUGCAUCACAUUGGGGAUGGUCUAAAUCCCUAUGAACAUGCAAUUACCAUUAUUGGAAAAACCUUGGCUGCUUUUGAUGAGGAUAACAUGAUUCCGUGUUAUGGUUUUGGAGAUGCAACAACCCAUGAUCAAGAUGUUUUUAGUUUCUACCCAAACGAUCAACAUUGCAAUGGGUUUGAGGAAGUAUUGACUCGCUACAAGGAAAUUGUUCCUCAUCUUCGCCUUGCAGGACCGACUUCAUUUGCACCUGUAAUUGAAAUGGCCAUGACUAUUGUUGAGCAGAGUGGUGGCCAAUACCAUGUCCUAUUGAUAAUUGCAGAUGGCCAGGUAACUAGAAGUGUUGAUACUGAGCGUGGCAGGCUAAGUUCACAGGAACAGAAGACAGUUGAUGCAAUUGUUGAAGCAAGCAAGUUCCCUCUAUCAAUUAUAUUGGUUGGUGUUGGAGAUGGACCCUGGGACAUGAUGAAAGAGUUUGAUGACAACAUUCCUGCUCGGGCAUUUGAUAAUUUCCAAUUUGUGAACUUUACGGAAAUUAUGUCAAAGAAAUUGUCAUCUUUGCGAAAGGAGACUGAAUUUGCUCUAGCAGCAUUGAUGGAAAUUCCGACUCAGUAUAAAGCAACGAUAGAGCUUAAUCUCUUGGGUGGUCAGAAGGGCAAUUCUCCCCACAGGGUUCCUCUCCCACCACCUCUCCAUGGUGCAUCUUUGAACAGUUCGAAACCUUUGUAUGGUGCAUCAUCCUUCAGCAGUUCGAAACCUUCUCAUCCCAGUGUUCCUCCUUAUUAUGAAGACAGCAGUUCGAAACCUUCUCAUGAGCCCAGUGUUCCUCCUUAUUAUGAAGACAGCAGUUCUUUCAGUACAGCUUCAGCUCCACCUGCUACCAGUUCUACUUAUGAUAAUCAGGUCUGCCCCAUCUGCCUUACAAAUUCAAAAGACAUGGCCUUUGGUUGUGGGCAUCAGACGUGUUGCGAAUGCGGGCAAGAUCUUCAGACGUGCCCGAUAUGCCGAAGCCCAAUCCAGACCAGAAUAAAACUCUAUUAACGAGCUGCUUCUUCCGUAUAAUUUUCAUCUCAUCUGUGAAGGCUGCUGACAUUCUUUGAUUUUAUUUGUUCUUUUGGGGUCAGUAUAUUCCUUGUAAUCCAUUCCUUCUAUAGACGAUCAGGGUGCCGAAUUUACAACUUAAGGAAUUGAAAUAUCGCCACCAUCUGUACAUUCUUGUAAUUGGCUUGUAGAUGCUGCAGGUCUCGUGUCUUAUCUUCUUCUUCUUCAUCUUUUUUUCCAGUGAUUGGAUAGAUUGUUGUUGCUUGUAGCAGAGGCUAUAUAAAGUAAUUUGAAACAAAUGAUAGUAAGCAUGAAGAUAUAUAGUACUUGUGGUAAUUUCAGAGGA